AAAUCUAUUAUAAACUUGAUAAUGCUAUAAUAAUCUUAGUGUAAAUUUUCUGAUCAUUUACAUUACCUUCAUAGUAAGUCCACUCCAAAGACCAUGUUGACUUAUUUGCAAACCUAAUUAAGUGUUAAUCAGCUUACUAUGAUGAGAUUAUAAUUACGUAUAUUCAACGUACAUAUUGAUAAUGAGUUGUUUUCGUGAAGCGUUAUCUUUUAAUUGUAACUGAGGGGCCGGACGUAAGACGUAAUCAUAUAGUAUAGUAGAUAACUGUAGUAAAGCUGGUUCAAUAUUUCGUUUAAAAGUUUAGUUACUAUCAUGUCUUAUUUAUGGCGGUUAAAUAAAAUAUGCAACAAUCGGAGUCUUUUUUACACUAUAAGAUUGAACCAUGCUCAAGCUCUCAGAGAAGAUGUCCAAAGACAGCACAUUAGUAAAGUGCUUAUUGCAAACCGUGGAGAGAUAGCAUGCAGAGUUAUGCGCACUGCCAAGAAACUAGGUAUAAGAACUGUAGCUGUGUACUCUGAUGCUGACAAACAGGCCAUGCAUGUUGAAAUGGCUGACGAAGCAUACCACAUCGGACCUGCUCCAUCUACACAGAGUUAUCUAAAUGCAUCUAAAAUACUCCAAGUUGCCAAAAAGUCAAACAGUCAAGCUAUCCAUCCAGGCUAUGGUUUCUUAUCUGAAAAUGUUGAAUUUUGUGAAAGAUGCUCAAGAGAAGGUGUGAUUUUCAUUGGACCACCACCAACAGCCAUUAGGGAUAUGGGAAUAAAAAGUACUUCAAAAGCUAUAAUGUCAGAUGCCGGAGUCCCUAUAGUCAAAGGUUACCAUGGAGAAGAUCAAAGCAUUGAGAGAUUACAAGCAGAAGCUCAAAGGAUAGGCUUCCCACUAAUGAUUAAAGCAGUUCGUGGAGGUGGUGGCAAAGGUAUGAGGAUAGCGAUGACUGAAGCAGAUUUUUUGCCCCAACUGGAGUCUGCUAAAAGGGAGUCAUUAAAAUCUUUUGGAGAUGACAAUAUGUUAUUAGAACAAUAUAUAACAGAUCCUAGACAUGUAGAAGUGCAGGUGUUUGCUGAUAUGCAUGGCAAUGUCGUACAUUUAUUUGAAAGAGAUUGUUCAGUACAAAGACGUCAUCAGAAAAUAAUAGAGGAAGCACCAGCUCCAGGUCUAUCAGAGGAAACUCGUCGUUCAUUAGGCGAGGCUGCGGUCCGUGCCGCCCGCGCGGUCGGUUACGUGGGCGCGGGCACAGUAGAGUUCAUCCUGCACCGUGUUACCCACGAGUUCCACUUCAUGGAGAUGAACACGCGGCUGCAGGUCGAACAUCCCAUCUCAGAAAUGAUCACCGGGACGGAUUUGGUAGAGUGGCAACUGCGUGUCGCUGCAGGUGAACCAUUGCCUUUGACCCAAGAAGAGAUUAUCCGUCGUGGUCACGCAGUAGAAUGUCGUAUAUAUGCUGAAGAGCCGGGUGCGGGAUUCCUGCCCCGUGCCGGUACGUUACAUCGGUUAACGCAGCCUAAACCCGAAAAUAAUGUGCGAGUGGAGACUGGCGUACGUGAGGGACAAGAAGUGUCAGUGCAUUACGAUCCUAUGAUCGCUAAGCUCGUGGUAUGGGGACGCGACCGCACAGAGGCUUUAGAUAAAACUAGAGCUAAACUGGCCGAGUACAAAGUAGCUGGUUUGGAGACCAACGUGAAUUUUCUGCUGCGAUUGAGCGGUGCUAAGGCGUUCGUAGAAGGGGACGUUCACACGGCGUUCAUUCCUCAACACGAGGCGGAACUGUUCCCUCGUCUUGAUAACGAUACCGUUGAAGAAAAAGCAAUACAAGCUGCAUUAGGACACAUAAUUUAUUCUCAAAGACUGAGCAGAUCUAAUGACAGUUGGAAAGGAAUCACCGUUGAUUCUGCCGGAUGGAGACCAAACUACCAACUGAAAAAGACGAUACCAAUAAAAUACGAAGAAACAGGUAUUUUAUAUAUAAAGCAUUUAUACUCUGUGGUCUCAUGGUAUCGCUUCUAGGUUCCAAUGAUGGUAAUCAGGCCGAUAACAUAUUAAUCUUAGUCGAAGGAGGCGGAUGAAAAUAAUUUUCUGUACACGUCGCAAAUGACUGAUAAGUGACAGUAAAAUCCUGACGAUUUGUCGCAUACUGGUAUACCAAGGAAUAUAUGUUUUUAUAAUUUGCCCGCCAAAUGAGAAUAGUACUGUUGAACGGCCAUCUUGGUUCUUAUAGCGCUUCAAUUUCAUGAUGUAAACUCCGCAAAAAAGACUUUUUUUUUUAUAUAAAUCAACGCAUUAUCUUAGUAUGACUAACGGAUAUAUGCACACUGUCAUUUCAAAUUGAACUCCAAGUCAUAAAAUGGUGUGGCGUUUACGAUAUCGGCAUAGUUGGCAUUAACAUUACGGCAAAAAUCGUCAUGAUAUUUAGAAGGUAAUAAAGAAUAGACCAAGAGACCAAUUUAGAAAAUAUAUUUUAUUAAUUCUUAAUAAAGUUAAGUAAAUACUAAUAAUAAAUUAAAGAAAAAGUACGUAUCGUGCCAACUAGUCAAGAUCAUAGCCGUAGGGAACAAGGGAAAUUACUCCAGCGACAAGAGACUCUUAAAUAUGUAUCGAAUUAAACGAAUCCAAAAAAUAUUUAGCAAACUUUAUUUUCUUUGUCGUCAGUACUAAAAUGACAGCUAAGCAUAUUAGACUUAAAAUUUGUUAGCUGAGCCUAAUA